ACUUUAUUUCAGACCUCGCCAGAUCAACGAGAAGUUGAGCAUACGCUCCAGUUUAAAUUUAGACGUCUGGUAAAGCUUAAAAAAACUUCCGCACAGAAUUCACUUCUUGACAGUUACGAGGUGUGGACCAAUCAUAUAGUGUUUGAUAGUCCAGGAAACUAGAGAAGCAUCUAAUCGAGUAGAUUUGACGAAGGAAAAUUUUAGUACGUUAAAAAAAUGGAUCCCGAAGCGUUUUUAGAUAUCGCCAAUCAAGUGGUGAAACUGAAAAUGUUUCCCUAUUUUGAUAUAGCGCACUGCACGUUGUGUGCUUUGGGUGUACGAGAGGAUCUUGGCAGUGGAGCUCAAGCGUUUUCUCGAAAGCAUCCUCUUGCAUGUUGGUUAUCGUACAUGCUGGUGGUGUUUGCUGGUGGUAUGGUUGCCAACGGACUCCUCGCUGAACCGAUUUUAGCUCCACUGAAAAACACUCCACAACUUUUAGUAGCUACAGCAGUAUGGUAUGUGGUAUUUUACACACCUCUUGACUUGGGAUAUAAAUUAGCCAAAUUUUUACCUGUGAAAAUAAUAUUUUCAGCCAUGAAAGAAAUCUAUAGAUGUAAAAAAGUGUACGACGGUGUCACCCACGCCGCUAAAUUAUAUCCCAACGCCUAUUUGGUGAUGAUAAUAAUCGGAACUAUCAAAGGAAAUGGUGCCGGAUUCACUAGAUUAUUGGAAAGGUUGAUCAGAGGUGUUUGGACGCCUACCGCGAUGGAAUUCAUGCAACCCAGUUUUUACACCAAAGCUUGUAUGGUGGGCUCUAUAAUAUUCAUCUUGGACAAAAAGACAGAAUUGAUUUCAGCGCCACACGCUUUGGUUUAUUUCGGCAUCGUAAUUUUCUUCGUUUACUUCAAAUUGUCCUCCAUCAUCUUGGGUAUCCACGAUCCUUUCGUUCCCUUCGAAAAUCUCAUGUGCGCCUUGUUCUUCGGGGGAGUCUUCGAUACUUUGGCUAAAAUCUUCGGCAGAGGGCAACUCAAAGAAGGCGAAAGUAAAGAUAUAAAGAAGACCAAUUGAUUAAAACAUUUCAACGAACAUGGAAGAGAUAAAUUUGUCAAAAGUGCGGAUCGUCAAAUUUAUCUCUUGAUAAUAUAUUUCACCAUGUUUUUAUGAUUCUCAAAACAAUUGUACCGAAUUAUUUAUAUAAAUAAAAAAAAUGUUAUGAAACACGAAA